AUGCAGCAGCUGUGUCUACUGUCUGUGUUACUGAUAGCCCUGUGCUUCUUGCCAAGGCCAUACCUCCCCACGCCUUCCAGCCACCUUGCCCCGCAUGCUUAUACAGCUCCCGCCAGAAAGGCCGAGGACGCCUUGCACGGGUUCUUGCCGGAAGACGAAGCCCAAGCGUUGUGCGCCGAGCACGAUCUGGAGCCGUAUGGCGAGCGCAGCCAACGGCGCAAGGUCUACGACCUGAUCCCGAUCAGCACGGAGCUGGACUGGCUGGAGAUCCGAAUGCACGAGCUGGACAGCGAAGUAGACUACUUCGUGAUUGUGGAGUCAAGCGAGACAUUCACGGGGCAGGGCAAGCCGCUGCACUUCGCGGAGCACUUCGGCGACUUCUCGCGGUUCGCAGACAAGAUCCUGUACCGGGCAGUGGACCUGGGCCACCUGCGGGACAACAGUACCUGGGAGCGGGAGUCGUGGAUACGCAACGCGCUGCUCACGGAGGUGUUCCCGUCGUUGCUGGGGCGGGCUGCGCCGGCGCGCGACGACGUGCUGGUAGUGUCGGACACGGACGAGAUCCCCCGCGCGCGCACACUGGCACUGCUGCGCAACUGCGCCAUCCCCACGCGCGUCACUCUGCGCAGUCGUUUCUACUACUACUCCUUCCAGUGGCACCAUCUCGGCCGCGACUGGCACCACCCGCAGGCCACCGUCUACGCCGGCCCAGACCACACCAUCCUGCCCCAGGACCUGCGAAUGGGCAGCGCUGGCGCCCGCGACAUCUGGAACGCCAGCUGGCACUGCAGCUCCUGCUUCGCCUCCGUCGCCCAGCUGGUGCACAAGAUCCAGGCCUUCUCGCAUACCGAGUACAACCGCCCUGAGUUCGUCGACCCGCGCGAGAUCGUGCGCCGCGUGCGCAACGGGCUGGAUCUGUUCGAUCGCGACAGCGAGAAGUACGAGAAGGUGACGCCCGUAACCGAUGUGCCGGGCUAUUUGAAGGCCAAUGCAGACCGGUUUGCCUUCUUGCUCGACCGGGAUCCCGCGAGUGCGAACUUCGUGGACUAUUAG